AUGUCUUCGUAUAUUUUCAAAACAGUCGUUGGAAAUGAAAUAAAUCAAGUUGUAAAAGAAUUUGGCUUUGGUAAUGAUUCAAAAGAAGAUACAGAUGUCGCAAGUGGAAUGUCAGCUUCAGAGAUUCUAGCUGAAGAGAAAAAACAAAAAGCAGAAGCUGAAGAACGAAGAGCACGACAUGCAAAAAUUGAACAAGAACGUGUAGAAGCACGACAAAAAAUACGAGAUAAAUACAAUAUAAAAAAGAAGGAUGAACCUACUUCAACACAUAAAUCUGCACCUGCACCAGUAGUACGUGCACCAUCUCCAUUACCACCUGUUACUCAAAAUCAAGGUUUUGAUCCAAUUAAAAUGACUAGCAAUGCUUUUAAUAGUCUCAAAGUCAAAUUUGGAUGGAAAUAA